CCACCCCGUCCUCGGUGCCCGGUGCCUGCUAUGAAUGCGACGGCUUCGCGGGCCGGGCCCUCCCCGCGCCCCACGAGGCUGGCAACUCCCCAUGUCUCAUCAAGAUAUGCUAGUUCUCUGUCUCCGAGUCAGGAGGACUUUACUCCUCUCCCUUCAAUCAAUGAGCACUUGGCCUUUCUUCAUCCCUCCCGGGAGCUGCUGGAAUACUACCGCAAGAAGAUUGCUGACUUUGAUGAGGAACAUGAGGAUUUGGUAAAAAGGCUGGAGAGAUACAAAGAAACGUAUGAUGAGCAGCACAAAUUGCAGUGGGAAGUACGUCAGCGAGAAGAGGAGAUUGCGGAGUUGCAAAAAGCUUUGAGUGAUAUGCAAGUCUACCUCUUCCAGGAGAGGGAGCAUGUCCUUCGUCUUUACUCGGAGAAUGACCGACUGAAAAUCAGGGAACUUGAGGAUAGAAAAAAAAUUCAACAUCUCCUGGCUUUAGUGGGAGCAGACAAAGGAGAAAUUACGUAUUUUCACAAGGAGCCUCCACAUAAGGUUACUGUUCUGCAAAGACCAAUUAAAUCCAGCGAGCCACACAAACGAAGUGAUACUUCUAGAACAGGCGUCAAGAGGAGCACUUCAAAACCAGCAGCAGAAGGAGACAAACUAGGAAGUCCUCAGAGAUAUCACAAAGAUAGUCAAACACUUCUGCUUCAGGUGGAGGCCCUGCAAGCUCAGCUAGAAGAACAGACACAAUUAGCCAAGGAACAGGUUGAGACACUACUAGAGGACAGACGGAUUCAAAUGGAGGAAGCCCAGGUCCAGCAUCAGAGGGACCAGGACAAGAUCAAAACUAUAACAGAUAAACUCCAUAAGACCCAAAAUCUCUUAUAUGAGAGUACCCGUGACUUUCUCCAGCUGAAGUUUGAUGCACGAGCCAAUGAAAAAGCAUGGAUGGCAGAGAAGGACAGUCUGUUGAGGAAACUUGACAUAGAUCCACAUCAGCCUAUCAGCAGGGAGUCAGGAAGAGCGAAGAAGCAGAGAGAUACCAAGGAGAUGCUUCGAGCAGAUGAUGGAGCAUGGAAACUCCAUAGCAGAGAAAUAAAGACACUGCAAGAAAAGCUAAUGCAGGAACAGCGCUUAUCGAACAUGUAUAGAGAGCAGUGUGUCACCCUGGAAGGUGAGCUGGCUAGAGUUCGUGAGGAGGGAGAUGCUGGCAGAGAACUCUUUAAGGAACGCUCAGAAAAGAUGGGGAAGCGCCUGAAGCUGGUGACUCAGCGAUAUGAGGCCUUGGAAAAACGUCGUAAUAUGGAAGUGGAAGGCUUCAAGAAUGACAUUAAACAUCUUCGGCAGAAGUUGAAAGAUGUAGAGAAGCAGCUUUUUAAAGUGACUCUAAAUAUUGGACCUGACCAGGAUCUUGCAAUUCUACAUGAAGUCCGCCAAGGAAACAGACUAACCCGUAAAAUUCAAGAGGACCUAAAAAACUUAAAAGCAAAAAUCUAUGGCUUGGAGAAUGAACUCCGGAUCUGCUGAAGCUGAGGUAUUAGCUGCCAUCCUAAUUUUAGGAAUGGGAUGUUGCUAGGCUGGAAUAGGCACAAGUGAGGGCUGCUCCUGCCUAUUUCCUGACAUCCAGUGACAGAAGGCUUGAGGAAAUCUGCACUUAACAUCAUAACGUUGUACGUGAGCCAUUCAUAACAUGCCAGACUAUAUUGUUUCAGCUGAGAGAUGGCACUUGAUAAGACUGACAUAGAAAUUUCACGAUGACAGAUGAAUUGGGAAUAUACUUACGACUUCAUUUUACCUUAAUAUCUGCAGUAGAGGUCAGUGUAUACUGGUCUUCAGCUUUAUUUGGAGCAUAUUAUAAGCAAUAUAUUAAAUUAAUCAUGUAAGGAUCUAUUUUAACAGCUGAAUUGCUUGACUGGCGUUUUUCUGUGUGAGAAGCAGCUUUUAAGAUGAUUUAAAUGAUUACUGUUUCUGUGCUUAGGCCCUGCAGGGUUUAACUGGAGAUUUUACUUGUAAAAGACCACCACCUUUAGUAUAGGAAGUAUAUACUAAAGCGUAUUGCAUCUGACUCUCCCCUUGAUGUUGUAACUAUUUUAAAAUGGCUUCCCUUUGCUUGUUUCUAACCUAAUUGGGACAAACCUGACAGUUUUAAUAUGAAGGAAAAAGGUAACCUGUUAUAGAACUCAUCUGCAAGAACUAGUAACAUCUACACUUGCUUUGAAUGAGGGAAAUACUACAAUACUAUACAUCUUCUCAUCCCUUUCCUCCUAGUUACUCUUAGCAUACAGGGGAAGCCCAUAAUAAAAGGCAUCUAGUAUAUUCCUUAACCACUGUAUUGUCUAUCUUUGUAGGUUUUAUCAAUAUCAUGGUUAUGUACCAAUAAAUCACGAUCAACUUUUGCUACGGCAGUUGUUGCUACUGUACUUUAACUGAAAUUGAGGCGGAAGACCAGAUGCCUAGUUGCUAUAUGAUAAAUACAGCUCUAGCUGUAUCAUGAGCCUUUGCACCAGACAUCAGGACAUCGCAAUUCUAGAAAACAGAUGAAAUCAUGAAAGGUAUUACAACAUGGCUUCAGCCCAAUUUAUAAUUGCAGGGUGUGCGUGCUUUUACUGUAGCAUCAGCAAAUCUUGUCUGCCUUGUAGACUGAGAGUGGAUCUGUGUUGGAAAAGGGAUUUCAGUGCCCGUUUCCUACUGUACCUUUCCUGUCUUGUCAAAUUUGAUAGAAGCUGAAUGAUAUCUUUCUGAAGUAUACACCUACAGGUUACCAGCAUUUCCUUCCCCAUUGAAAAGAACUGAAGUGUGUAAAAGCAGGCAGUUUCUUUUGGAUGUGGUAGUGGUAAUGGCAAUCCUCAUUCAACAUUUGGGAGAGGUAAAUAUGCAGAUGAUGUUUUUGUACUGUCAAGAUUUGGAGAAAGAAUAAUUUUUGUAGCACCAACUAAAGCAGUGCAGGAGGGGAAAUUGCCUUAAGAAGUCCAGGCCCAUUUCAAUUGUCUUCUUUUUGUGCCAAGCUUGUUGUCCCUUAUGAUACUGUACUGUGGCUUUUAUUUUGUAUGUGUUCUUGAAGUCAAAUUCAUCGCAGACAGACUUCAGUGUGGGUUGCUGGUAGUCUGUACCAAGAUGCUCAACUGCUACUACAACUUAUAAGAGGCAGUUUUAAAGUAUGUUGCACUAAUUACUUCAGCUGAAAAUGUUAAACUGCUUCAGAGACUGAUUCAUGAACAAUUUGGGUGUGGACGCUGUGUGGCAAAUUGCAGAAGGUUAUUAAAUAAUGCUAUCCAUUAUUUAGCCUUGCUCUUUUUUAAUUGACUAGUACUUUCUCAGAUAAGUCUGUCUAAUUAAAGGGAGUCUAUGUGAAAUAACCUGCUACGGUUUUGAAGGUAAGAUAUAAAAGUUAUCACAGGUCCUGGAAGGCUGGUUCUGAAAAUUGCGCCAUAAUGAAGUAUUAGCCACUUAUUCAGCAGGAUUCAUUUACUUAUAUUCAGCUGAUGAGAAGCUAGCAAAAAAGGUAUCUUGAACCUAUAGAAAGAAAUGGGUUUCUGUUUAUUUUUCAGUUCUUCCAAACUAAGGAAUUGCUGAAGAAAUUACGUUUUCCUUACUUGUGAGCCAUGAAGUGUGUCUGGAUAAAGUCUGCAGGCUUUAACUUUCAGCUUUAUAAGAUUGGGAGGAAGUGCUGGGGAAGAAGGAUGUAAACGUUUAAUUUCCUGUCUUCCUUACUACUAUUCCUCUUAACUUGAAGGACUGAACAGAAUAAAAUGGCAACAUCCCUAAUAUAUCUGCUAGUGUGUCAAAAUCAAAGUGCAGCUUGAACUUUAUUCUUAAUUCAUCAGUAGGCUAUGAACCCUUCCUAUUGGGGGGGAGCAGGGCACAAAUAGUGCUGAUCUGUAAAUCCAUUUUAUUUGGAAGCUUGAAUAUUUGUCCAAGGGCAGGAAAUGCAAAGUGUUGUACAUGCUCUCUCUGUGUGACAUCAUGUGAUUAUGUGAAAUAUUGCUUUAUGUUGCCAAAAAAAAAGUGGACCUUAAAGUCAAGAGUGGCUUUAAAAAGCCAUGUACUUUUCAACACUAACUACCCUUUAAGAUCGAAAUGUCAGUAAUUCUUUGUUGACAAGAGAGUUUGCUGAAAAAGUUUCUAAUACCCAUAUUAGUGCGUUUUCUUUCUCAGUUUUUGGGUAAAAGACAAAAAAUAGCAUUUAAUCCAAAGACUUUUUUUGGCUAUUUUGAGUUAAUAAUGUGACUUGUAUUAUUUCAAUACAACCAGAUGCCAGGUUAUGUCUCUAGGAGCAGGGAAUCUGAAAGAUCUACAGAAUGGCUUUUUCUUGGAAUACAGGGACUAUCCUACAGAGGUUUAAAGGUUAGAACUGGAGAAAUGUUCUCACUGUGAGCCAAGAUGGUAAAAUGUUUCUUGCAUAAAUAGGAGAAAAGUGAGUAGUAGGGAAAAACUUUUUAUUGUUGUGUAGCUUUAUUUAGGUAAGGGAGGAGUGCAUAGAUUUCAGAAAAGAUGUUGAUAUAUUGGGUAAGGCACAAAUCCACAGAUGAUUCAGCAGAAGAGAAAAGGUUGUGCAAGAGCUCAUAAUGUAUUACAUUAAGAAGACUGAUUCAUAUACAUGUAUCUUGAAGAUGAAAAACUACUGAAGGCCUCUUCAUCCCAGAAGAAGAAAGAUUGAGCAAUAACCAGUAGCCUGAACCUGAAGUUAAAGAAGUCGCAUAUUUUUAACAGGAAAACUGCUCUUUUUUCCCCUCAUCGUAACAAACUAUACGUGGAGAUAAAUUCUCCAUCUAUGUCUUCAAAUCAAAAAAUUAUUGCACCUCUGGAGACGGUAGCUUUGCUUAAUAAGUUACUGGGUUUGACAGAUUAGAACUUAAUGAAAUAUAAUGAUGUGAACUAACAGGAAAUCAUUUAACAGUCCCUUCUGUCUUUAAACAUAUGAUUUAUUUAUAGGCAAUAUUUGUAGGAGGUUUUUCAGUACUCAUGCAGUUGCCUUAAUUAUAGGAAUGUAUGCUCUCAGCUCACCCUACACAGCAAGGUUACAGAAGGUAAAAAGAAAGUCCCUUAUGAUCUUCCUAUACCAAAACUUGCAGUAAUUCCUAAAUAGAGACUGUAUUGUACUUAGAAAGGCAGAUAAAAAGUAGCCACAGUUCUCACAGCUGUCAGAAUAAAUCUAAGUAAUAGUAUAGCAUAUACUUGUAUGCAAUGGCUGUACUUAAAUGGCUUAUGGAAGUAGUGGUAUCAGUUCAGAAACAGACACAUUUUACCAUUAUGGAUGGACUCUCUUGGCAGCUUUAUGUUCUGGAAUUGUAAUGUCUGUAUGCAGGCCUGGAAGUAAUUCUUUGAUAAUCAGAUACUUUUUGAGACUAGUUGGGAGCAAUACCCUGUGUGCUUUGUUCUGGUAGAUCUUUUUUUGUGUUUGUGAAAAGCUGUGUCAUUCAGAUGCUUAAUUAUAGCUCAUAAAUAUCUUUAAAUCUGCUACACUUGAAUAUUUGUGCCUGCUCAGUCAAAAUCCUAAUAAAUGUGUCUAAUUUGUCCCUACUCACAGUGAUGUAAUUUGUAUAUAAAGGGCAUUUUAAAAUUUUUCUUUCUAGUUUUCCCACAACAUUUUGCUUUUAUACUCCAAAGUUGCUUUAAAUUGUAAAAAAUACCCCCUUUAGCUCCUAAAGAGUUAUUCUUAAAUUUACAAGUCUAGCUGUAGAAAUAUACACAUUUUUAGCAUAUGGACUGUGAUUAUGUACCAAAACAUGCUGGGAUACAGUGUAGAAAGCCUAAGCAGUGAAAGCGGUAAUGAUUCUUUUGGCUGCUGUAUUCAUAGGGUUUAGGCACAAAGAAAAAAAGUUUGUUUCGAUUCUUAAAUUGCAUCAACAGUUUAUGACUUUCAGAUUUAAAAAGGCCAUUGGUGGUAGCUGGAAUUUAACCCACUAGCAGGAAAUGUUUCUGCCAUGACUGAAAUAUUUGAGAAGAGGCAGGUGGAAUUCUGAUAUUUCCCAAAUUAACUGUUUUGAGAAAGGGUGUCUGUGAUUACAAGUUACAGUGACUGCCUUUCAGGUAAGCUCCAAAAAUGCACCUUGAUAAACAGAGCCCUCAAUAGGGUUGAAGAUUCACUUAUACUGACUAAACUGCAAGUCUUAAGAAUUGCAAUGCUGUUGGUUUGUGGACAGGUUAUAAAUGUUUGGAUAGGGAUUAUUUGUUUAUAUUCAAAAAUGCCAGAGAGGCUUUCAACACACCUGUUUCAAUGUUAAAGCAAGACAAUGAUUAACUAUGCAGGCAUGAAGGAUUUCAUUGUCAAAAGUAGCUUGAUUUGAAUUAAAAGCUCUGGAUUUAUUCUGAUAAAUAGAUGUGCAUGCUGGGUUCUCCUGUAUUGAUUGAGAGAUCAAAUUGCCUUUCUUUCACUGUAAAUAUUUGUCUUG